AUGAUUCCUCAUAUUAAUGAUUCAAAGGACGAACUGGUCGAUUCUGAAGUGUUUUAUUCUUACGAAAAGCUAAAUAAUAUAAAAUGGUACGACCGGAUCCUAUUGAACAGACCUUUGAAGGUCACAAUAGUUUUUUUACUAAUAGGGGUAGCAGCCCCAGUACUUUUGUAUCACUUUUACUUCUUCACGGCUCUGAAUCUACCACCUUCGGACGGAUUUUCCAUUGGCUCCUGCUUAAUACCGAGGGAAACUAGACUAGCUUGCGGCGUCGGACAAAUGCCUCAAGACCAAUGCCAUCCCCAUUGCUGCUACGAUCGCAACUUACAGAUGUGUUUCCAUAGAAUACCAUCAAGAUUUUCCUAUAUUAUAGACCAGCAAUGGAGCGAGGACGUUGUACUGCAUCCCAGAAUAGCAACAGUUCCGUUUUCAAACCAAAACAGCUUAUCACAAUUAAGGCUCUCCAUCGACGAACAAUCGGCAACACAUUUGGUUUUAACAUUUUACAAUUCCCAAAAUAAUUCGAUAUCGGGAAAACGUAUUGGCAGUAAGAAUUAUUCCUAUGAAAUCGGCAUUCCAGAGAUCAACAUAGCCGUCAACGCAUCCCAAGGCACCAUAUUCGACACAGCGCGAGGUCCAUUAAUUGCGUCUGACAACAUUUGGGAAAUUGCUUUCAAAUUGACAAACGAAAGCAUGUACGGCUUGGGAGAGUUGCCGUUGAAGAAAAAUACAACAAAAGUCAUAUACAGUCACAGUGGAGGCUUAAGUUCUGUACCAUUAAUAUUCGCCAGAAUAAACACAUCGUUUCACGGUUUGAUGAUUGAUGUCAAUGAGCCGACGGAAAUAUUAAUCCAUCCUGGAGAUCAAAUUGUUGUUCGCAGUAUAACAAACUUCGGUUUGAAAUUUCAUUUGUUUGUCGGUCCCGAGCCAAAGGGGAUUAUGGAGGACGUGAUGAAAAUAAUAGGCCGUAAUAAACAACUGAAAUAUUGGAUGCUGGGGAUUCAUGUCUGUAGUGAGGUUCCAGAUAUAGAUCUAGACAAUUUCAUUUCAAAUGCCACGAGGAAUCAAAUGCCAUUCGACAGCCAUUGCGGGCAUGGGCCUAUAGUCUUCAACAGUAAUCAAUGCAAGACAAGCAAUGUAAGCAAUAUCGGCGAAGUAAACAGUGGUGCCAACAUUGUUAGAGAAGCUGGUAAAAAAUUCGUACCCUACGUUUCUCCUUAUAUACGUUACAUAAAAGCUGAAAACGACACCCUAGAAGAGGAAGUUAAUAAGACGGAAAGGGUAAUCUAUGGACCUACCCUCCAUACAGUAAAUACAGAAAGCUGCGAAAUUUUACCCACCUAUGAAGAUGUAAUGUAUCGUCUACCAAACACAAUGGAGAUAUAUAAAGGUGACAUCAACGGAACCGAAGUGGUGUAUCCAGAUUAUAAAGGAGUUGCUUCUGAAUUUCUAAAUGACUUAUGGGCAUAUGAUCAUUAUGACGGUGUGGUGUUAGAAAAUAACUGGCCAUUGGAUUACUCUGAGAAACAUUUGAACGAAACUGCUUUAUAUUUGCCGUAUUUCAGUGAGAACUUAGAAACCGCCUUUGCGAACACGCCACAAUGGAACUUAACGCUUCUCAACGACUCUAAUUUAUAUUUAUUUAACCAUAACACUUAUGGGGAUAACUUCGCCCAAGCAUUCGCCAAAAAGGAUAACACCACACCAAUAUGGUCAACCAGUCUAUGGAUGAACGGCGGACUGGCUAUAAACAGACAAAACAUUGACGCAUCCUGGACAAAUUUACAUAGAGAACUAGUAAGCGCCGCUCUCGGAGGCAUUUCAGGUCACUGGUUAUGGUCAAGCCCAAUUUGUGGCGACACAGAGAACUUCAACCAGACGACUCAAACAAAUCUAUGUAUUAAAUGGUAUUUAGCAGCAACAUACUUUCCAAUGAUAAAAAUACAUUCCAAAACACACAUGAGAUAUCCAACCGCGUUCAAUGGAACACAAAGAAGUAUUGUUUUGAGCGCUUUGAAUCGCCGACUUGGGCUUUUGCCAUACUUCUAUACAACACUGCAAGAGGGUCCGUUGCUUCGCCCAAUGUUUUAUCAGUUCCCCUUGUCAGAAAGUUUGUAUGAUAUCAAUACGCAGUUUAGUGUUGGAGACAUACUAUUGAUUGUCCCAAACUUGACUCCUUCGCAAAGUCACGCACAUUUGUGGCUGCCGGGUGGGACUUGGUAUGAACUUUGGAGUGGAUUAAGAAUGGAAGGUAAUGAGGGGGACCCAGUUACUAUGACAACAGCGGAAGCCGACUUCCUAACGUUUAUCAAAGGCGGCUCAAUAUUGGUUUAUCAAAAGGAAAUAGAACAAACUGCUGAGAAUACACAAUUCUUUUCUCCAUUUUCACUCGUCAUCGCCCUGGAGUGUACCAGAAGCAAUGAAGAACAAUCUACGCCCCAAUGUCAUGCAACAGGAAAGCAGUUUAUAAAGACCAACAUGAGCUUAAUAUUCUCAGCCAAUGAUACAAAUUUGGUUAUAACAGCCGAUGGUAAUGAUUUCGAUCCGAUAUGCGACAUUGCUACAGGAUACUGGGCGUAUGAUAUACGAGACAUAAACAUCUAUGGUCUGGAUGAGGAGCUUAACAACUAUGACAACCAUAGAGAAGUUAGCACUUUCGUAGACUUAUGCCAUUUGGAAAUUGAUCCCGAAAUUGUUGUUAAUUUAUUGUCUUAGAUUUUAAUCAUGAAUAUCCAAAAAUAUUA